AUGCGUCAGCAGCUGGGAAGCCCCGAGGAGCCGGGAGAGCGCUCGCCGAGGGAACGCAUCCCUCGUCCCUGCGGCGGGUGUCCCGCAGCCGAGACCGUGCCUGGCUUCAGCCUGGCCGAGGCAUCCCUACCGGGCCGCGUGCGACCCGGGAACGGUCCUGCUGCCCGCUCGGGCCUUCCUGAAGCUGGGAAACUGGAGGAGGAGGAGGAUGGGGAAGAUGCCGGCUACGUGCUGUACAGGGACAGGAAGGAGUGGGCUGAUAUUGAACCUGUUCCUCAAAAUGAUGGGCCAAAUCCUGUUGUUCAGAUCAUCUACAGUGAAAAAUUCCGAGAUGUCUAUGAUUACUUCCGGGCUGUUCUGCAGCGGGAUGAGAGAAGCGAAAGAGCUUUCAAGUUAACAGCAGAUGCCAUUGAGUUAAAUGCUGCAAACUACACAGUAUGGCAUUUCCGGAGAGUCCUCCUGCAGUCUUUGGGAAAGGAUCUGCAUGAGGAACUUAAGUACAUUACAGCUAUCAUUGAAGAUCAGCCAAAGAACUACCAAGUCUGGCAUCACAGACGGGUGCUGGUUGAGUGGCUGCAGGAUCCAUCCCGAGAGCUUGAGUUCAUAGCUGACAUUCUUAAUCAAGAUGCCAAAAAUUACCACGCCUGGCAACACAGACAAUGGGUUAUUCAGGAGUUCAAAUUAUGGGACAAUGAACUGGACUACGUAGACCAGCUUUUGAGAGAAGAUGUGAGAAACAACUCUGUUUGGAACCAACGGCACUUUGUCAUUUUCAACACCACUGGCUACGAUGACCCUGCAGUCCUAGACAGAGAAGUCCGGUACACUCUUGAGAUGAUCACCGCAGUGCCACAUAAUGAGAGUGCUUGGAACUACUUAAAAGGGAUUCUACAGGAUCGUGGUCUUUCUAAAUAUCCAAAUCUGCUGGAAGAGCUGUUGAAUUUACAGCCCAGUCACAGUUCACCCUAUCUGAUUGCCUUUCUUGUGGAUAUAUAUGAAGAUAUGCUAGAAAACCAGUGUGAUAACAAGGAAGAAACACUGAACAAGGCAUUGGAGUUGUGUGAAAUUCUGGCUAAAGAAAAAGACACCAUCCGAAAAGAGUACUGGAGAUACAUUGGAAGGUCGCUUAAGAGCAAGCACAGUUCAGGCACUGAACAGAGCAGCACACUGACGGAUAAAGAGCAGUAACUGAAGAUGGAAGAAAACAGUGUUAAGCUCUCAAGCUGUUCUAAAGCUGUACUAAGUAGGGUCAUCAACAAGUUUGAAGUCUAUUUGUAGGUAUUGCAAUGAAAGAGGAAUGCAGACUGCUGUUUAGUCCUGAGUUGCUUCUGCUACUGGUGAUAGCUCUAGGUGCAGUCAAGAAAUUUACUAAGGCUUUAUUGAAAUGUACCAAGUAAAGUUCAGUUCCUAACUAAAAAUACAUAAAGCUCUACCUAUUAUAUUGGCAGUGCUCAGUUAAUCAAGGUUGGCCUUGAUCUGAGAGGUUUUUUCCAACAUAAGUUACUCUAUGAUUCUGUGAAGCACUAAAAUAAUUUAUCAUGUCCUGGCUUACCGACCUGUGGUUCCUAACACUCUCAUCACAUGCUGCAGUAGUGACUGCAGGUAACUCAGCUAUAUGGGGAUAUAAAGUAACCUGGUUAGUGCAAGUAGGCACCUCAGCUGUUGCCUUAUAUGGGAGCAGCUGUGUGUCACUGUCAGCCUAUGCUGUUGUAUGCAAUUAACACCACGUGUAAUUUUGUAAUAAAAAUAGAUAACUUAGAGCAUUUGUCUGAAUUUUUUAAUGUGUUUCUUUUGGUCCUUGUAAGUGCAUAGUUUGUUCUUUUCAGAUACUAAUAGAGAUAAAAUAUCCCCUUGUAUUGUGGGAUACUGGUGAAAGCCAGGGGAAAAGCAGCUUGGAUUUUCUCAGGCUUUCACCAGUAUCCUACAUUGUAUAAGUGUUGGAUUCUAUUUCAUUGAGAUGUCAUUUGCACUGGAGUAUUCAUAUCCCAGAAACUUUCAGUACACUUGAUAUAUUCAGUGGAGCCCUGAAUUCUUACCUCCACAGACAGGAAAAAUGCUUUGAGAAUCCUGGGUGAUAUGUAUACCUGCACCAGAAAAAUGCAUCUACCCUGUUUUCAGUAUAUGGCUAUUGUAAACUGUGUUCUUAUGGAGUGCUUGCCUGAUAGGAAAUAAUUUAUUGAAAUAAUUUAUUGGAAACAAUCA